AAAGUGAUGAUGUUUGGGAAAAUGUUUAAUGUGGGACUGCCAAGGCAUGACCCAAAGGAAGGGGGUGUUUUUGCCAGCUGGUUACAUUGGUGGACAGUGGAAGAGUGUCCCUUACAUUGGGGUCAGUGGGAAGAAUGUUCCCUUAUAUUGGGGGUCAGUGGGAAGAAUGGCCCCUUACAUUGGGGGUCAGUGGGAGAGAAUGCCCCUUACAUUGGGGUCAGUGGGAAGAACGUCCCUUAUAUUGGGGGUCAGUGGGAAGAAUGCCCCUUUACAUUGGGGGUCAGUGGGAAGAAUGCCCCAUACAUUGGGGGUCAGUGGGAAGAGAACGUCCCUUAUAUUGGGGGUCAGUGGGAAGAAUGUCCCUUACAUUGGUCGGUCAUGGAAAGAAUGUCCCUUACAUUGGAGGUCAGUGGGAAGAAUGUCCCCAUUACAUUGGGGAUCGAGUGGGAAGAAUGUCCCUUACAUGGGGGGUCAGUGGGAAGAAUGAAGUCCCCUUACAUUGGGGGUCAGUGGGAAGAAUGUCCCUUACAGUGGGGAUCAGUGGGGGAAGAAAGUGUCCUUACA